AUGAUGAACAGUUUCGGCGGCUUGCAGAGCGGAGGCGGCCUUAACUACACCGGUAUCGAUUACUUAGACGGAACGUCGACCCUAUCGGUCGUGAAGCAGGAACCGUCCGACGGCAGUGUUCCUGCCAUCGCGACAAGCGGAACGAACACAGCUAGCGGCAUCCCGCUGAAACAGGUGCACUUCAUGAUGGACGCACUGAGCAGCAACCCGAUGCUGACCACGGCCUCGAUGCCGAUUCCAUCGCGCAACGCCAACCAUCAGCGCGCGAUGCAGUCUGAUUUGGACUUUGUCACCGAGAUGGAACAGUUCCGUACCGGUCAGUUGCUGCACGACGUCGGUACGGUGACGGGAUCCGGAGUCGUCGGUGGCACCGGAAACAACUUUCAGUCCGGCAGCCUGCCGGCACAAUUGGACGGAUUUUUCACCAUCCCGAGCGGCUGGGACAACAUGAUCAUCACAAGUGAGGGUAUCGAUCUGGGCCCAAUGAACGUAGCCGGUCUGCCGAUGAUGGACUCCUGGAACAACCUGAUCUCGUCGACGUCCAAUGUGGCACCGCUCGAGGAUGGAACGAUUCCGCAGAGCAUCACGGGGGAGUUGGCUGGGAAUGGAAUGGUUGGUGUUGGUGCAGACGUCGGAAUGGGCGGCCAGCAGAUGAUGGAGGAGUUCGAGGUAUAUCCGUUGGAGGAUUUCGGUGAUGGGCUGUUGUGUAACGAUUUGAGCACGAUCGAUGGGAUGUUUAACGACGAAAUGACGCUGCUCAGCCAGCCGCUUGGUCAGCAGUCACCGAAUCUGAGCGGGGAUAGCGCCAUCAUACUGUCACCCAGUCUGCCGCAGCAGAUCCUAGGUCGAUCGUCGAACUUGAGCCUUUCGUCGGGUGGCAUGACUGUCUUGAGUGGUGGCGGUACUGGCGACAACACCGUGGGAAGCGUCGGUAGCAACAGCCUGUCGUCUGGUUUUGGUCCGGCAACGGGUGGAAUGCAGAUUUUCACGAACGAUCCGAUGGUAGCGGCCAGCUACGUCAACACGAACAGCAAUAACAGCCUGUUGUAUGACGAGCAGACGCGCAUCUCUUCGUCGCCGUUCGAGUUGUACACCAAGCAGGAACCGGGCAGUGCCGUUCAGUCCCCACUGGCGUUCUCACCGAGCAGCCACGGCUCCAGCCCGUCGGUCUCCGAGGGAGGCCACCUAAUGGUACCGCAGCCAACCAGCUCUGUGGCGAAAAAUCUGCUCCAACAGCAGCUGCAGAGCUCGUUCAACAACAACACGCUGUACAAUGGGGGCGCUUCGAGCACGAUCAGUGCUGGAAAGCUGAUCAAGAACGCGAGCGGUUCCACAUCGCCGGGAAAUAACAACAGCGAUUCGGUGAAGAACCAGAACAUUGGUGGCAGUCCGGGGCUUGAAGGACAGCAACAGCAGCAACAGAUGCCGAUCCGUGCCUCGCGACGUGGCUUCAACUUCAGCCGGAACAGCGGCAAUGUGGGCCAGGUGCAGCAUAAUCCGAAGUAUUCCACCUUGCAACAGUUGCUGAUGAGCAACACACCGGAUCGUCUCGGCAGCGGUGGCAACGUGUUGCUGGGUCAGUCCGUUCCCGCUGGUAGCGGUUCCGCUGGGUUGCUGUCGGGUGCUGCGCUUAGCCCCGGUGGAGGAAGCCACUCAUCUGGUCGGCGGCUGUUGCAGGCGCAAUUGCAGGCCGGUCCUACCGCGGCUGUUUCAGUGGGCACGAAUGCCGGCACGUCUGGUACGGCCAUGUCGCGCCUUUCAUCCUCUGCUCCGACUCACAUUUCGGGCUUCGAGCAGAUUUGGCAGCGCCGUGAGCCACGUCCGCAUCUGCUGUCGACUGGAAGCCUGGCUGAGGCCGGUUCCACUUCAUCGCUUAGCACCGGUAGCAUCCUCAGUCCGGAAGCUCCGGAUUACUCGCACGAUGAGGGUUACUCCGAUGACAGCGAUCAUUAUGAGGAUUACUCCAGUGGCGAAGACUCCGACAGCGAAGAUACGGGGAAGGUAUCCGGAAGUGUCGGUAGCAGCAAGGCAAAGCGCUACUUCUGGCAGUACAACGUACAGGCAAAGGGACCCAAGGGCCAGCGGUUGGUCAUCAAGACGCAGGUCGAAGACCCACACGUGCUGAACGCGGUCACCGAUCCGGUCUUCAGUCCGCACUGCUCGGUGCGCGGCAUUAAGAAUCUUCGUUUACAGCAUAGCGGCAAGGCGCGCAAGGGAGACGGUAACGAUCUGACACCGAAUCCGCGCAAGCUCCACAACAUUGGCAAGGAGUUGGACAAGCUUGGCCGCGUCAUCAACGACAUGAAGCCGGUCAGCGAGUUGCCGUUUAAUGCGCGCCCGAAAACGCGCAAGGAGAAGAACAAACUCGCGUCCCGCGCCUGCCGGCUGAAGAAGAAGGCCCAGCACGAGGCGAACAAGAUCAAGCUGUACGGCUUGGAGACGGAACACAAACGCCUCAUGAACGGAAUUUUGCACUUGAAGCAGAUCUUGACGGCCAAGUGCAGCACCUCCGGCAUGUCGAGCGAAAAUCCAGAAGAGUAUAAGCAGCAACUGGACACAUUGGUGCAAACGUCAUCUAAAAUUAAAAUUGCUGGCAACUCAACUGAGUUCGUGAACAAGAUGCUCGAAAAUGUGCGGGCGGGUAACAAUAUCAGCAUUGAUACGGUGCUGGAGCAGUUCUAGGCCGACGCGGAUCGCUCUUUACUUCAAAAUUGCGUGGAAUGCACUAAAUUAACUACUAACAGGUACAGAAGCACGGAGCAGAGUUGACAAGCGGUGUUUAUUUUCUGUUGAGCUGAGGUGCCGAAAGACGCUGGCAUGUCCCAGUGGUCUGAAGGACGCAAAACCAAUGAUGAAUCGAUGAGACUGUAAGAUAAAAAAAAGAAAGCAACCAAUUACCUUCGAUUUGUUUAACCCAUAUACUUUUUGCAAAUGCCUAUGAUGCGCUUAUAAACAGUGAUGCAUAUGUAGCACAUAGUGCACAGAAUUAGUGAUACUGUCGUUACUAUGCAAAUGCCGGCAAAGCACGUGGAAAAGCAAUUACUCCGAACGGCUCGAAAACGAAUACCACCUAAGAAAGGAUCGAAGCCCGAAGAAACAAGAAGGUACAAAAUCAGGAAACGAGUUAAGGAGUAGCUUCCGAGCCAGCAUGAUGAAAUUAAGGGGCAUCGUGGUGAAUUGAUAUUUGAUACUAGCGAGUACGAAAGUGUUUCUUAUAUAUAUACAAGCAUAAAUCUACCUUCGUAUAUCCCCGCGACUACACAGUUGUCCUUGGAUUUUAAUUUGCAAACAAUAUUAUAUUG